AUGGAUCCUGUUCAACCACCAUUCAGGGGCCCUGCUCCUAUCCACUCAUCUCAGUGUAUUCGCAUGCCAGGCUGUUGGCCACAUUCUCCUAAGCCUUUGGACUCAGCACUGGUUAGGGCAGGACCUGUAGGCAGAGGCCAUAUGUUUAGAAAGCUGGAAGAAUCCAACACCCAGAAGCCGCCAAUACAAAGGGAGACUGCAGGUUUGGUUUCCAUGUUCCAAGGCAUGGGCCUUGCCACUAUGCCCUCAACCUCUCCCAAAUGUGAAAUGCCUCCUUUAGGCAGAGGCAUUUUAGGCCGAGGUUUUUCUGCUAACAUGACCCAAAAAGACAAAGAAGAACCCCACCCUCCUUUUCCUGAUCCAUCUGUGUUGGCAACUGGAGAUAGCAAGCUGGCAGAGGUCUCUGUUGCUUGGAGUAGAGUGCUUGGAAGAGGGAAUUUGGAUGCUUCUAUGUUUCCACUGGGAAGAGCUGGUGGUUUAGGCAGAGGAGUGGACAAGUCUCCUGUCCCAGUUGGCCUGAUUGCCCGGGAACCACCACAGUUGUCACAACCCCCGACACCGCCCUUAACCUCACUGCAGUCUGUGGAUCCCCCUCCCAGCUUAACUCUGGAACAAAAAGAAAAAGAGCAUUUUGUGAAGCAAGGAUCAAAAGGAACACCUCAGUCUUUGGGACUAAACCUCAUCAAAAUACAAUGUCAUAAUGAAGCAGUUUAUCAGUAUCAUGUGACUUUCAGCCCCAAUGUGGAGUGUAAAAGCAUGAGAUUUGGCAUGUUGAAGGAUCAUCAGUCUGUCACUGGAAAUGUCACUGCUUUUGAUGGAUCUAUUCUUUAUCUACCUGUUAAGCUUCCACAAGUUGUUGAGUUAAAGAGUCAAAGGAAAACUGAUGAUGCGGAGAUCAGCGUUAAGAUUCAGUUGACAAAGAUCCUGGAGCCCUGUUCUGACUUGUGCAUUCCCUUCUACAAUGUUGUCUUCCGGCGGGUAAUGAAACUUUUAGAUAUGAAGCUUGUGGGGAGAAACUUCUAUGACCCUACCAGUGCCAUGGUACUACAGCAACACAGAUUACAGAUCUGGCCUGGGUAUGCAGCUAGCAUCCGGAGGACAGAUGGAGGUCUUUUCCUGCUUGCUGAUGUUUCUCAUAAGGUCAUCCGUAAUGAUUCUGUGCUGGAUGUCAUGCAUGCCAUGUAUCAGCAGAACAAAGAAAACUUCCAGGAUGAGUGCAGUAAGCUUCUGGUCGGAAGUAUUGUUAUCACCCGCUACAACAAUCGCACCUAUCGUAUUGAUGAUGUGGACUGGAAUAAGACCCCAAAAGACAGCUUCACCAUGUCUGAUGGGAAGGAGAUCACAUUCCUGGAAUACUACAGCAAAAACUAUGGUAUCACAGUUAAGGAGGAGGACCAGCCACUGCUGAUCCACAGGCCCAGUGAGAGACAGAGCAACCAUGGCACGCUUCUGAAAGGUGAAAUCUUGCUGCUUCCUGAGCUUUCUUUCAUGACUGGGAUCCCUGAGAAGAUGAAGAAGGACUUCAGAGCCAUGAAGGAUUUGACCCAGCAGAUCAACCUGAGCCCCAAACAGCACCACAAUGCAUUGGAAUGCUUGCUGCAGAGGAUUUCAGAGAAUGAGGCAGCCAACAAUGAACUGAUACGUUGGGGGCUCUGUCUGCAGAAGGAUGUACACAAGAUUGAUGGACGUGUUCUACCAAUGGAAAGAAUUAACUUAAGAAAUACUUCAUUUAUCACAUCUCAGGACCUAAACUGGAUUAAGGAAGUAACCAGAGACGUUUCUAUCUUGACUGUCCCCAUGCAUUUCUGGGCUCUUUUUUACCCAAAGAGAGCAAUUGAUCAGGCACGAGAACUGGUUAACAUGUUAGAGAAGGUGGCUGGCCCCAUCGGCAUGCGCAUAAGCCCACCAGCCUGGGUUGAACUGAAGGAUGACCGGAUAGAGACGUACAUCAGAACCAUCCAAUCCAUGUUGGGAGUAGAGGGGAAGCUGCAGAUGGUUGUGUGCAUUAUCAUGGGCACACGAGACGAUCUCUAUGGGGCCAUCAAGAAGUUGUGCUGCGUGCAGUCCCCAGUGCCCUCACAGGUCAUCAAUGUCCGAACCAUUGGUCAGCCCACUAGGCUUCGGAGUGUGGCUCAGAAAAUUUUACUUCAGAUUAACUGCAAAUUGGGUGGUGAGCUCUGGGGAGUAGAUAUUCCUCUGAAAAAAUUGAUGGUGAUUGGAAUGGAUGUUUACCAUGAUCCCAGUAGAGGCAUGCGCUCCGUGGUUGGUUUUGUUGCAAGCAUCAAUCUCACCCUCACUAAGUGGUAUUCAAGAGUAGUGUUCCAGAUGCCUCAUCAGGAGAUUGUCGAUAGCCUGAAGCUGUGCCUGGUGGGCUCCUUGAAAAAGUACUAUGAGGUGAACCACUGUCUACCCGAGAAGAUUGUGAUGUACCGUGAUGGAGUGUCAGAUGGCCAGCUAAAGACAGUUGCCAACUAUGAAAUUCCUCAGCUACAGAAGUGUUUUGAAGCUUUUGAGAAUUACCAGCCCAAGAUGGUGGUGUUUGUAGUUCAGAAGAAAAUCAGUACCAAUCUGUACCUUGCUACCUCUGAGAACUUUGUGACCCCAUCCCCUGGGACCGUGGUUGAUCACACAAUAACAAGUUGUGAGUGGGUGGAUUUCUACCUUCUUGCGCAUCAUGUGCGGCAGGGCUGUGGUAUUCCUACACAUUAUGUCUGUGUUCUCAACACUGCAAAUCUGAGCCCUGACCAUAUGCAGAGGUUGACUUUCAAACUGUGCCACAUGUACUGGAAUUGGCCUGGUACCAUCAGAGUUCCAGCUCCUUGCAAGUAUGCCCACAAGCUGGCUUUCCUGUCUGGACAGAUUUUACAUCAUGAACCAGCCAUCCAGCUGUGUGAGAACCUGUUCUUCCUGUGAUGGCAGCCUAGGCUGACAAGGAGAAAUUGGACUUCCAACUCAGCUGUACCACUUAUAGAAUCAACAAACCAAAGUGGCUUUUAUGUCAGCAUUCUUUCCUUUCUCUAACCCUGUAGAAUAAGAUUUCUUUUUCUCUGUGUUUAAACCUGAUAUCA